AUGAGCAAGGCCGCGUCUUUCUCUAAGAUCCUCCAGGAUACCAUAUCUCCUGAACAGGCCAAAUGGGACUACUCUGUCCCAGAUCUCCCAGCGUCUCGCUUGACCAAUCAAACAAGGCUCAUCAAAUGUGUGAGCGUGAUCUCCUCGCCGCAGAAGCAGGAAAUCACUCUCAGAUAUGUGCUGGCACCUUCAAAUCGCGUUACUAUGGACGAGGUUCUUGAUCGAUUCGUUCUGCUAUCUUUCCCAGACUUCAGGCUGCAAUGGCCUCCAGUGGCGGCCAAUGACGCUUUGAGACCAGCCACAGGACGGGAGAACGGAGACUGGAUCACGAAAAUGCUAGUAUCGGGCAUCACAAUCAAUGCAAUUUCAUAUCAUUUCUUCGGACAUUCCAACAGCCAGCUCAAGUCGAGGUCUUGCUUCAUGUACGCAGCAUCAAAAGAGGAGGUGGCCAGAAAGAUCGAGGGGAUGGGCGAUCUCUCCAAACUGAGAUCUGUGGCAAAGAAGUCGAAGCGCAUUGGGCUGCUCUUCUCGAGCGCAGAGGUAUCGACCAUGCUGCCUUCGGAACGUUGUCAAGAUAUCGAUGAUGUGACAUCCAAGGAUUACAUCUUCACUGAUGGAUGCGGUCUCAUGUCCCCACAAUUUGCAAAAUUAUUAGCGCAACGACGGAACAUUGUGUUUCGCGAUAAGAGGUAUCUUCCAUCUGUUUACCAGAUCCGUUAUCGCGGCUACAAAGGCGUCUUGACCUUGGACCCGACAUUGAGCGGACAAACUCAGGUCCAGUUUCGCGCGUCCAUGCGGAAGUUUAAGGAUUCGCCCGACUAUAGCUUCGCUGUUGUUGACUACUCGAAGCCCUAUGCCUUCGGCAGUCUCAAUGAUGAAAUCGUGGUCCUGCUGCACACGCUUGGGAUCUCCGAAAAGACAUUGCUGGCUAAGCAAACACAGCAUCUCGACUUCAUCCAAAAUGUCCAGGGAGGUGACCCACGGUCUGCCUUUCAGUUUCUUUCCUACAUCAAUCGAACCGAGCUGGCGGAAAAGCUGCUCUUGGAAGGCCCAGAGUCGGUGCGCCCGACACUUCUAAGUUUAGUAAAGCAAGAAUACGCUCGCAUGAUUAAUAAGCGAGAUGAACAGAGGUGUCGGAUCCUGGUUCCGAAGUCUCGGUUGCUCUUUGGUGUCUGCGAUCCAACGGCAAAAGAUGGUUGCCCAGGUCGACUAAAGGAAGGCGAGUGUUUCGUCCGCAUCACGCAAGACGGCGAUGGCCGGGCACAAACUAUCAUCAAUACUGAGGUUUUGGUGACAAGAAACCCUUGUCUACAUCCAGGCGACCUUCAAAAGUUCAAAGUGGUCGAUAUUCCCGAGUUUUCGCAUCUGGUCGACUGUAUCGUGUUCACAACACAAGGGAAGAGGCCAAGCGCUGACUUGAUGUCUGGGGGAGAUCUGGACGGAGACAAGUUCUUUGUGACCUGGGAUAGCGAUUUGGUCCCGAGCACUGUGGCCGAACCCGCCCAGUAUCCCGGUGGCAAAGAGUUGAUCACCUUCGGCGAUGUCACCGGAGAUAGUCGGGCUGAAUACUUCGCUCGAUACACGAACGCGUCUCUGGGGAAGGUCAAAAAUUUGUAUAUGAAGUGGGCUCGACUUGGAAACGCAAUGAGUCCGCAAUGCCAGCAGCUCAAUCGAUUGUUCUCUCAAUGCGUGGACGGCAACCACAUCAGAAUUCCGCAGAAUUUGAAGGUCUUCAAGGACUUGGAAGACCCCCCAGAACCUAAGGCGAAGGUAGUGCCUUUCAUAUUGGACGUUCUCCACGAAGCAUGUAUGCAGCAAAUCAAGCGCGCCAAUAUUCUAGCUCCAGAGCCGCAGGAUGAUGUGGAUAUCUGGGACCUGAUCCUGACUCGCGACAAAUUAGCGAUUUCCGAGUUCGAGCUACUUGGGUACUUGCUGCGAUGGUGCGAUCGUCACAAGAGCGAUAUCAUGGCGUACAGUCACGCAAUCGACUUCAGUGCGCUCACUGACGAACAGCAAAUAUGGUUUCUCGCCCAGUUACCACCUACCAGGACAGCACCCGGCUUGGUUCGUAACGGUCUUCUCCAAUCAGGGCUUGUUACCCCACAAGAGCUUUGGCGUUUUGGACUAGACCAUCCGCGAUUGCGGUGGAAACCAAUUUUCCGAUCCUCGGUCGAUCGCAUGGGGCGAUUCCUUCCAGUCGUCUGCCAGGCACUUGAGGUUUUCCACAAGAAACUCAUCAUAAUGAGCAUCAAUGACCGUUUCAGUAUGGCUAUUUAUUUGCCGCACAUAAUCGCGCGCGCAACUGAAGUUACAGUUGACACCAACGUGCGCGUCUUUGUAUUCCCACACACCCAGGGAUCACAAUCAUCCAACUAUCGCGUCACGCCUACAAAGGUAAAUUAUCGUCUGUACUGCGACGAGCAUGUCUUCCAACUCUACCAGCGAACUCGGGGCAAUACGUGGCUUUUUCUGAGAGGUUCAACUGGCGAUGAUGCAUUGUACCGUGCCAUGCCUAGUAUAGGCGACAUGCGGAGAAUGAGAGAGAAGACUCUGCUUCAACAGGUAAAUGUCGACUGCCUAGCGAGUGUGGCUCUUGAUAAGAUCAGUCGAGAUGUACAGACACACUUUGGGAAAGUAAAUCGUGACGCUAUUCAGGGCGCUGAGGUGUACGUGAUCAGCAAUCGCGACGUGGCUUCCAUGCGCGUUCUUGAUCAAUGGCUAAGCUACGUCGACACACAAGAAGUUCUCCCGUUAUUCGAGAAGCUCGAACUAGAAUACACCACCCCGAAACUGGAAACGGUCGCCUGGGACGAGCAGCCAAAGCUUGUGCGAAGCAUCUGCCGGGACGGAAACCUACAAUCGCUGAGCGAAGUCAACUCCAUUACGGACCUGCAAGGUAUAUUGGAUCUUCUUAGGAAGAAUAACGAGAAAAAACGACUACGCGACGUUUUUGCUCACAUUCUACUGCUAGCAGCCGACCCGACAUACCUUCUCGAUGACCAGACUGUGAUGUCCGCCCUGCUCCGAUAUCUACAAGCUGCACCCUACCUGACUUCUACAUUCCUGCAAUCGGCAGCAUGGAGCAGACAUGAAAAGGUUCUCGAAGAUGAGUUAGUCUUUCAAGGACCUGUUAUCGCGUCCAAACUUAUCUUGGCGUCGAAUGAGCUUGCAGGCUUCAUACGCCACCCUCUGUCACUUCUACUACAUGAGCUGAAGAGUUUGUCAAUGCAGGAUUUAGCCGCAUUAGUUGAGUUUGUUGCGCUUACUGUGCGCACCGCCGAAGCUGGUCUAGACUUGCUACUCGAGACGUUCGAGCCGGAAACCUCGCGGUUGAUCAUUGGCCGUCCGACAGCUGUCAGCCAAUUCACCUCGUCACUCAUCGGGAUUGCUUUGGAUCAUAUUGAUGAAGCCGCGGAAGCUUCAAAGCCCGAGCAAGAAGCCAUCACGCUCGUUGUUGAUGAAUACAAAGACGGCCAUACCAACGUAAAAAGUAAUGUGCGCAUCGAUUCUUCGACGAUCCGCUCACUCAAAGGUGGCGACCAUGUUCGCCUCUCCGUCACCAAUGCCCCACAGAAUGAUGCUUUCACUAAGCUGUUCUCCAUGGAUGCUCUCGUCUUGAUCGUGGAGUCGGGCACUGUGACGUUCAAAUGUCUGCACGAUCCGCCCAGCUUCCUUGCACAAUGCGCAUGGACUGUCACUCACUGUGGCUCUUUUGUUACGAGCAAGACUGCAUUCGAUGCUGUUACAUGUUUCUACACGGAGCGUGAACUUUGUUGCGACAUAUAUGGCCUACUGCUAGGAUUACCAGCGGCCGAUGAGGCUGCUCCUUCUCCUAUAAAAUUGCCCGUCGUGCGAGACGCAACUCUCAAUGCAACUCAAAAUGAGGCACUCACGGCAGCAAUGAACCAUUCCUUGACGUUCAUAUGGGGCCCUCCUGGAACGGGUAAGACUCACACUGUCAUUGUCAUUCUGUCUCAGUUACUCAAGCAGCUUCCGGACGCCAGAUUCCUCAUCACAGCACCGACGCACGAAUCCGGUGCGAGUCUCGACACAGAUCUUGGCGGCAACAUGAGCGCCCGCCGGAAAGCACAAAAGCGAAUCAAAGACGCAAGACUGAUCUUCACAACAUGCAUUGGCGCAAGUCUUGGGCUGCUUCGGAACGAGAAGUUCGACGUUGUUUUCGUCGAUGAAGCUUCCCAGCUGACGGAGCCUGCAACGCUCGUGCCGCUCGUCAAAGGCUGUUCGCGUGCGCUCUUGGUUGGUGAUCAUGUCCAGCUACGCGCGACAGUGCAAAAGAAUGCCAUACUCACCGGCUAUGAUGUCUCGUUGUUCGAACGCCACUAUAACAUGCCUGCGCGCGAAGGUGUUGCGAAAGUCAUGCUCGAUACGCAAUACCGCAUGCAUCGAAGUAUUUGUGACUUCAGCUCCACCGAGUUCUACGAGGGGAGGUUGAAGACAGCAGUCAAAGAUGACAGUCGCGCACUCCCUCCAUCUCAAUUUCCAUGGCCGGCGGGCGAUCGACUCGUAUGGACCGAGUGCGCCAGUUCAGAAGAUUUGGGUCGACAAUCGAAAGCCAACGCAGGCCAAACUCAGCUGUGCAGGCGCAUUAUACAGCUUCUCACAACGCCGGCAGUCAAUGAUGGCACGAAAGUCUCCGAGCCUGUGCAGUCUUCUUCAAUCGCGAUCUUGACGCCGUACACUCGUCAAAGGGAAUCACUCAGCGCUGCCAUCCCGAAUAUUGAGGUGUCAUCCAUCGACGGCUUCCAAGGUCGCGAAGCAGACAUCGUAGUGUUUGUGACCGUGCGAUGUAACGUAUCGUGCGACGUUGGUUUCCUUGCUGAUAUGCGAAGGCUUAACGUCGUGAUGACGAGGGCGCGAUGUGGCGUCGUCAUCAUUGGGAACGCAUCGACGCUCUCUGCGGGUAUAGAUGCAGAUGAAUUAAACUCGACUAAGAGUGUCUGGAAGAGGCUUGUAAAUCGAUGCAGAAAAGUAACGCUAGACAGCGAUAAGCAAAGUGUCAAAUAG